AAUAGUGCCCUGCAGACUGGCAGACACAAUGGCAGUGACAGUGGCUUUGCGUUGAUGCUCUCUCCUUGCUGCAUGUGGCCUUUGAACCCAUUGUUGUGUCGCGGGUGACGUCAGUGCCGUGUGCGGGAGACGGAGCGGCGUGCGCCUGGCGAGACAAAGGCGGCGGACCGACCGGGGUCAGGCAGCAGCAGCAGCACAGAGCCGAGAAUCACUGUAUAUUUUUUUUUAACUAAAAGGCAACUGCUAACCUUGGAUUUCAGCUGCGGUCUCCCUGACGGUGCGCAGAAUGAGGAGCCAGUGACACUCCCAGGAGUACGGUUUGACUCUCCAGACAGAGGAAAAACAAGAGUGCCCUCCUUUGCGUUUUUAAACGUUUUUCUCCUACGCCCCCCAUUUAGCCUGCUAGUUAGCUAACCCGCUAGCUCCCUAGCGCUGCACAGCACAGCACUGGUCUCCUCCUCCUCCUUCUCCUCUUGGCUGCUUCUCAUCUUUCCCUCAAGAGCAGGGCGACAGCCGAAGACAGGACCUCGUCGACAAAGGCAAGACAAAAAGAAGAAGAGGGUGCGCUCACUCCCAACAAACAGGCAUCCGUGAUCUGAUGUGAGAUCCACGGAGAGACUAUGCCUAGCCCUUUAUUCCACCCCGAGAUUAUGGACCACGACGUGGUGAUCAGCAGCCAGCACAACGGGGUCGGUCUGCCCCGAGAGACAGACCAGGAGUCCCGGGAAGAGGACCACCAAGAGGCGCUCCGCUUCGCCCUGGACCAGCUGUCACUCAUGGCCCUGGAGAAAGUGGACUGUGGGGGCGGCGGCGGUAGCGGAGGCGGCGGGCUGGUCGACUCUCUGGAAGGGACUCAGGGUCCCGGCUCUGAGAGCUGCAACGGCGUGGGUGGAGGGGGCUACGUGGACCUACAGAUGCUGGAGCAUCCUGGCGGGUCGCGGGACUCGCCGACGUCCUGCUCUCCAUCCCCGGAGUACUACGGCUCGGGCGGGUACCACAUGACCGGCUCGCACUCCAUGCUCCACGGGGAACAAAGCUCCGUCCUCUGCAGCAGGAAAAGAAGUGUCAACAUGACUGAAUGUGUGCCUGUCCCCAGCUCUGAACAUGUGGCUGAAAUAGUGGGGAGACAAGGCUGUAAGAUUAAAGCCUUGCGUGCCAAAACAAACACCUACAUAAAGACUCCAGUGAGGGGCGAGGAUCCCGUUUUCAUCGUGACGGGACGCAGGGAGGACGUUGAAAUGGCCAAGCGUGAAAUUGUCUCUGCAGCUGAGCAUUUCUCUAUGAUCCGGGCAUCCCGCUGCAAAGCUGGAGGACCUGGAGGAGGGGGCUCUCUCCCCGGACCACCACACUUACCUGGACAGACCACCAUACAGGUGAGGGUGCCCUACAGAGUAGUUGGUUUAGUUGUUGGACCAAAGGGAGCAACUAUCAAGCGUAUCCAGCAGCAGACUCACACCUACAUCGUGACACCCAGUCGAGAGAAAGAUCCUGUGUUCGAGGUGACCGGGAUGCCGGAAAACGUGGACCGUGCAAGAGAAGAGAUUGAGACCCACAUCACCCUGCGAACUGGAACCUUUGUAGACCUGCAGGGAGACAAUGACUUCCACACCAACGGCACUGACGUCAGUCUGGAAGGCCUGGGCUCCCUGAGUGGAGGACUGGGGGCGUCUCUGUGGUCCAGGGCUACCGGCCACCAUUCUGCCCCCCCUCCUCCUCCACCCUCCCCUCCCCCUCCUCUUCCCAUGUCCAUGCACCACUCCUCCAGCAGGAAGAUGUCCUCCUCAGUCGCCUACCACACGCACAAUGGCGGGAUGAGCUCAGACAGCUUCAGCGCCACCCGCAAAGCCAAUGAGGGAGGCAGCCCCACUAGCCCUUUUAGCACAGGCUCCAGCAGCGCUGGAGGAGGAUUCAAUUUCGGGGGCGACUCCACCCCAGGGCUGCCCUCCUCAGAUGAACUGGGCUUUGAGUUCAGUGCUUCCAACAUCUGGGCGCCUUUCGUCAACGGUGGAACGGGCACUAAGACAGCCGGCUCCUCCCAGCAGCAGCAGCCUUUACGUCGCAACAGCAGUGGCCUCAGCGGUGGUGCCAUCACUCCACGAUUGUCUCCAACUCUGCCUCAGGACACAGGCGUUGGCCCUCUGGAUCACCCGCUGGCCCGUCGUGCACAGAGUGACCCCCUCAGCACUCUCUCCUGGCUACAGUCCGGCAGCGCGGGCGGCGGCUCCUUCUCCGGAGCGUCCAGCUCCAGCUCUGGCGGCUCGUCGACCGGCUACUCCUCUUGCUCGGCCUCCUCCCUGCCCGGCGGCUCUCCUACCGACUCUGAGGGAGGCGGCAGCGGCGUGGGCCUCAGCUCCGGGAUGCUGAGCCGGCUGAAAGGCGGCUCCGGCCCCGGAGUGGCCGGUCUGGUCGGCGUCGGCCCCGGUGUCAACAGGGACUGCUUUGUGUGUUUUGAGAGCGAGGUGACGGCGGCCCUGGUGCCUUGCGGCCACAACCUGUUCUGCAUGGAGUGCGCUGGGCAAAUCUGCCAGUCAGCUGAGCCAGAGUGCCCCGUCUGCCACACCCCCACCACACAGUGCAUCCGCAUCUUCUCCUAAUGCACCAGGCAGGGAGGGUGGGUAAAAUAAUAGGGUGGGUGGGGCAGGAAGAGAACUGGAGUGGGGCACCAGCUGUGGUGGAGGCGAUGGAAGGAUUCACACUAAUAACCUUCAAACACACACACAUGAUGGACCAUAAUAAAUACAUUAAUAGAGAUGAUGAUACUAUACGGAUGUUGAUUUAUUGCUGAUAACUGUCAAGAUUAAUAAUAACAAUAAUAAUAAUAAUAAUAAUAAUGACAAUGACUUAUUUUCAGAGUGAAGUAAAUUGAAACUGGUCUGCAGACAGUUGGGGCUCAGACAGUCUCUCGGUGGUGAACUUAUGGAAGGAAACUAGUGUCUUAUCUCUCUUCAGGCCUUCAUUUUUGACCCGGAGCAGCCUGCACCGCUGGCCGCCGGUCUGUCUCGACAUUUCUUCAUUCUGGCUUCUUCAGAUCUCUGCCUGCUUUCUCUCUCACAGCCUUUCCUUUUGACACUUUUGUACUUAACAGAUAUUUUUCGAUGAAGCUGUCAGUGAGGCCUGCACUUUUCUACUCCUCAUUUUAAUGUUCUCGACAGGACGCAAACUGUUCCAACAAAACCCCCCCCCCUUGCUUUCUCCUCCUGCUCUCACUCAUGCUGGUAUUUGUGACAUGAAGCGGUGGGUGGAUGGGUGGGGUGGGGGGGGUGGAGUUGCUAUUUUUCUGUAAGCUUGGGACUUUUUUAAAGGUCGGCAUGUAGUCAGGCACCUAGCAGAACAAUACACCCGAGGGACCUCUUAAGGAUGAAUUCCUGUUUCUCGUUGCCACAGAAGAAAAAGUAGCCAUCAGUAAAGCCAAAUGAAUGCUAUUAAUAGACGUCUCGUAAUUCCUGAUCAAGCUUAAUAACAUGUUGGAUGAAUUUGGAUGAGUCUGCCCCACAUUUCAAAUGUGGCUGCUGCAUCGAUUCACAUUAAUUAUCCUUUAAUAAUUUUAGAAACGUACCAGUAGUGAUUCUGAAGGAAUGUGUCUGAGGUCUGUACGUUUGGGCUGCCUGACAAUCCCUUUACAUCUCUCUCUCUCUCUCUCUCUUUUUUGUGUGUAUGAGAGUGUGUGUGAGAAGAAUAAUGCCCACACGUGCUGUUCGGCAUCAUUAUGUGUCCUCACCAUGAGAAGGUCUGGUUUCUGUCCCGCUGUCCCCUCUCCUUCAUUUCACUCUCAGUCUUGUAGGAAGCCGACACUCUCAUCCAUCCACACCCGGACGUUCUCCUCUCACACUCUGUUACACUUAGAUCGGCUCAUUUAGUGUUUUCUACUAGUUUUUUGACUCUUGACUGUCGAGUGUGUGGCUUACAGACAUAUUUUAAACUCUAGGAUAAGAUAGGGCUUUUUCUGAUGUCACACAUGAAUGUUUUGUCCAAUAAGGUUAAGGAGAGACGUCCGCUCCUCCCACAUGAAACAAUAACAAAGGGGCUUGAUCGAAACAUUUUUUUUUUCCCCAUGCACUGUAACUCCCCAGCCCCUCUAAAAAGUAAAAAAACAAAAAAACAAAAAUGAAAAAAACAAACAAAAAAAAAAAAAAACAAAAAGAAACAGCUCUUACUGUUUUUGUUAAGUUUUGGUCUUCCACCCCACUCUCACAGCAAAGCUGUAUGGCACUCUCUCAGAUGACACACCGUCAUACCCAUAUAGCGCUGUAUUCCUGGCCAAAUGUAGUGCACUAUAUGGUUAGUUGUUUUGCGAUUUGUCCUGUGUUUCAUAGCGUUACAGAGUAACUCCAGAUGAGGCGGUUGCAUCCUGUUUUUGUGUUUGUGUUUUUUAAAAAGAGUUUGCAGUAACUGCCUACGAUAGUGUUAAUACUGUACGGGUGAUUUGGGCGACGUCGGUGUGUGUGAUGGUACCAUGGUUGCUGUUUUGUGGCCCUUUGAACAUGAAAUGGAAUCAGCUCAUAGAAUGAGACAAGCCAUGAAUUAAAGACGACACACACCUAAUUCUCAAGGGCUUCCUCUGACCGCACAGACACAUGGAUCACAUUUUUCAGGCUCACGCAGUAGGAAAGAACUUAUCCUUUAUGGCAGCUAGUAGCUAGGUCACCCAGGGCUUCCAGACACUCUUUGUGUUCAAAUCCCAGCAGCUGCAGAAUGUUUUGCUUGUUGUUAUUAAUUACUUUUUUUCUUAAUUGUCCCCCCCACACUUUCAUCACAUUCAGAUCCUGUUGGCAGAGUGUAGGACACUGCAGUCGCAGCAUGUCCUCCUCCCUGGAGGUAGUCUCAGAUCAGGACGUAGUGUGGGGUUUUAAUAUCAAGGAAAAAAAGGGUAACUCUACUUGAGUAAAUAAUUGGAGAAAAUGGGCAGUUACUGCUGUGCUUUGGUGCUCCAGUCAGAAUAACGUCAAACUUAUUUGCUGUCUUGACUGUUUUGUUUGCUACUCGGGUGACGGGGGUGCAGUAGGAAUCUAAUAAGCAGCUGUCCUGGUUGAGCACAGCAGUGCACUGAUUCAUGUGUAGGAAAAAAAAAUUCUGCACAGGAGCUGGAACUGGUAGUCUUUCUGAAGGCUAUCCCAUGGUGCUUUGGUGCAACUCCCUACUGAACGAACAAACCCAGUUGGUAGAAGGAGGGGCCGUUUAUAGUUCUGUAGACCUGGCAACCCUGUUCUCAUCCUCCAAAAACUGGCAACCCAGCCCCUCGUCGGGCUCUGACAUGGAGUGUUACGUCCUCUGUACUUGUGCAUGCUCAGAACAGAUGCAAAGCUGCGAAUUUGUCAGUCGUGACCGCCGCUGUGUGAGUCUGUUGAGGCCAAUCUUAAAGCCCAUCUUCAAACUGUCCCAGUCAAAGUGUUUAAGAAUUAAAAUGUGUUGCAUUUUGCCAGAUGGGUCUAAUGUCGAUCCUGGUCCUGCACCGGGACAUUUGUUUCUGGCCCAUGAGAGAAUGUUGGGGUUUAAUGUACAGUAGUUUAAUUGUUAAAAAGGUACAAAUUUUUUCAGAUUGACUGCUGAUUUUUAUUUUAUUUUUAUUUUUUUUUUCUUAGCCAAACUUACCCCCUCCCCCAUUUCCUUCCUAAAGGUUUGAAAACAGGGUUUCCUGAGGCAUGCUAGCCAGUGACCUCUGACCUUUUUUUGUGAUUAGAGGGGGGGAUGCAAAGAGAGCCACGCCAGUAAGGGGUGACAAGACUCCCCCUCAAGCCUCCGCUCUCCUAUUUUUGCUUUAAUUCUCUUUGUAUGCAGAACCAAAAUGUAAAACGUUGGCAAACUAGGUUUCAGGCCUGACCUGUGUGUGUAUAUACCCUGAAUACAAUCAUUGGGAUCUUGUUUUCAAAAGCAAAAUGACUUAAUUGAAGAUAAGUGUAGUUUCUAAAGAACAUGUAUCAUUAUUUGUAAGUUAACCAUCUGCAUGUCUUCAAGCCACCUGGCAUUAGCUAAUAAUUUUUAAGAUAAAAAAAAAAACUUUUUACACAUUUUAUUUUUUACAAUUUAUUUGCUUACCUAAAUAUCCCAGACAAUAAUGUGACCCUUUUUAUUACUUCAAAUUUAUUUUUUAUUUUCCAUUUUUUAUUUUCCUUAUUUCCUGUGUACUACAUAUAGGCAAUUUAUAACAAAAUGAGAAAACUAUUGAAGAAAUUUUAAAAUUGAAAUAUAUUUUAUUUGAAAGUUUAUGGACCUUUUAACCGUGAGCCGGGGAAAUUGUAUAAUCAUAUAAUUUGAGCUGACUUGACGGUUAUGAGAAAUGUAUCAAGAGUUUUAUUUUUUAUGCUUCUUUAAUAAAGUCUUGUUUUUGGUUUCAUUUUUUUACUGUAAAAUAAUAA